CCCUCCCAUUUCUCAUGUCUCACAUUCAAAUCAAAUUCAAAGACUUCACCUCUUCACACUUAUUGUCUUUUUUCAUCAUCUUUGUCUCAUCAACUAGCUGGAUAAUCAACAAAGUGAUUACCAUGAGGUCCAAGGCUGUCCUAGUACUGACUUUACUCUUGGUAAUUCUCCAGUUUCCUGCAUCUUCUUCUGAUAAUCGAACACAUCUUUCAAACACCACAACAAUAUCUACUCAAGCUCCAGAUAGUGAAGCAGACGCUGCAAAUGGCUGGAACAAGACGGAAGCUGAGGAAAAUAAUGGCACCAAGGAGAAUGACACAAGUCCUAAUUCACCAUCAUCAUUUUGGUCAUCAACCACACUGACACCACUUGUCAGGUUCCAAACAACUGAUCGGCUUGGCCAAUUUUCCUCUUCAGUGCCAACCGAAAGCACAACCCCUCCCCUCCCUCCCCCAUCCAAAUCCACAAAUACAAAGUUAAUUAUCUUUUUAAUUCUGUUGGCCAUUGUGGUGUUGAUGCUAUUUUUGGGAUGCAUCCAUGACAUGAAGAACCGGGAGUCAGGUCAAGGCAGCUCUGUCCAGAGGCUCCUACAGGGUGUGAGGAACAGGCUGGGGGCUGCAGUCGGUAACCUGGAAGAUAGGUUGGGCAUUUCCCUCCGGCCAGGGGGGAAAAGAGGAGAGGAGGAUGAUGAAGAAGAUGAAGGACAGGAAGAGGAAGAAGAACAGAGAAUUGGAGGCAGCUGUGGAUCAAGGAAUGAAGAAAAUGGACACCACAGGGAGGAAUACAGUGAUUGUUCACAUGACUCCUCCAGCACGGAGAGUGAUAACCUGGAGGAAAGGGCGUUGAAUAGGCAGAUGGAAGAGGAGGGGAGGCAGAGUGGGAACAAGGACGGGGAUGAAACAAGUAGUGCGAGCGAGGGAGGCCAAAGUGCAGAGGAAGGAGAGAGCAGUGGGGAUGAAAAAAGAGACCCAGAGGAAAUAGAGCUGGUCAAAUCUGUGCAUGAGUAUGAUGAAAAGUCUGAUUUAUGUGAUGUCACUGUCUUCUAGUGAUAGAAACCAAGAAGGAAGAAAAUAUGCCAGAAUCAUAAAUUGAUUGAGGAUCAGAUUUAGAAUGAGAAUGAUCAUGUUGUGAUCAUUUCAAAUACAUGAUUUCACUGAAUGUUAAACUGAAUGUUAAAGGUGUUGAAUAUUUCGUCGUCUUCUUCAUGUAUUGGAAAAGAAGGAAGAA